AUGGGUAACAAGAACAAGAAAAGGGAUCUAACAAAAACAAAAUCACUGAUAGAAGUUAGCAAAGCGGACGGAUCAAGUAUUGAGGUCGAUGACGAAAAUGAUGAAAACGAGUGCAGUUACGUCAACGCGACGUUCAAAGCAGACGAAGUUAGUCAUAGUGAUUGCUUUCUGUCUGUAUUUGGUAAGAAAGGGAAAAAUAUAGGCGAGUUUGAAGACGCUAAGAAUAUCACGUGCUUGCCACGUGGUCGCAUUCUUAUAUCUGAUUACGUCAACAGUCGUCUGCAAAUCUGCAGUGAAACGUCAAAAACGAUAACUGUGUUUUCCCCACAAGAAAUAAAUUUACCCUGGGCGACGGCUUUAACGAAAGAAAACUUUAUUGCAGUUACGUUGUGUCAAGACAGAUGCGUAAAAAUUCUAAAUUUAGACGGUGACGUCAUCAACAGUUUUGGAAAUGAUUAUUUUGUUAGGCCAACUGGAUUAGCUACAGACAAAAACGGAAAUUUCAUUGUUUGUGAUUCUGUAACAAACAAAGUCUCUAUGUUUGACAAUGAGGGAACUUUUAUUCGUCUCCUUGGAAACUCAGACAACAAACAGGAAUGCUUUAAUAAACCAUCUUACGUGUGUGUUUCGAACACGGAUGAAAUUAUUAUUUCAGACUCUGGAAAUCAUAUGGUGAAAAUAUUUGAUUCCUCUGGAAAAUUUGUAAAGUCCUUUGGGUCAUUUGGCAAAAAAUACAACCAAUUUAAAUUCCCUUAUGGAGUCGCCACAAACAAAUGCGGAGACAUUUUCGUUGCCGAUCAUUACAACAGCCGGAUAUCAAUGUUCACGAGAGACGGUGUAUUCGUCCGCCAUAUUGUGACGUCAGAGCACGGACUUGUUCAUCCACAAGGGCUAACUAUAAGCGAUGAUCUUCAUUUAUUCAUCACGCAUGGUCAUCUUAAAGCGAGCGAAAUACUGGUGUUUAAGCUGACAAAUGACGUUGAAUACGCACAUAAUGACGUCAUAUCAUAUGUAUAAUUCUUUAGGAAUAAUACAUGAAACAAAAAAUCUAAACUAUCUAGAAUAGAUUCGUGUACAUUCGGCAUAAUUAUUCAGCUUUUUACGUGACUAUUUAUACAUGGCUAAUCUCUACGUUGAUCUGUUAUCACAUAAAUAUCAUUUACGGAAAUGUAACAUGUUAUAUAUGAAUGAUAUACCUCAAGCUACUGGUCCAAGUCAUUCCUAGUUUUCUUAUGCAUUUACCGAACGUAUUUUAAGGAACAUUAGAUUGUUAAAAAUGCGUGUUCAUUUACAUUUGUUUUAUCGUAAUAAAUGCAUUGUAUAACAA